CGGGCGGUCCGGGGCGUCCCCGUGUUCCCGGCACCUCCUGCUCCUGCUCAGGCGGCGGGUCCCCAAGCGCUUAGGCAGGUGCGCCCGGGGCCAGGGUCACCUGCAGGAACGGGAAGGCCUGACCGUGACCUGCUGCAACGCGCAGACUAGUGCAAGCCUGCCUGCCCCGGGCAUGCGCCCUCUGCCCCUCGGGUACGCAGGGAAAUCUUUUUAAUGACCCAGGAGGGGUUUCUAGACGUGAGAGCCCCCUUUUUUUCUUUUUUUUUUGGAAAUGCAGCCAUCCGGGAAGCGCUAUCCCUGUGCCUUGGGAUUGCACCUGGGGGGCCGGGGGCUCCGUGCUGCAGGUGGGUAGGCCCUAGAGCCGUCGCCCUCAGCUCGACCUCAUCGCAGACCGCCCCUUCCAGGACCCGUGAAUUGACAACCAGCCACGGCCCCGUGUGUAGCAGGCUGCAUCGAGGACGAGUUGGCCAUUUCUCCCGAGAGCGUAUUAUUUUACUUCAGAACUCCCUCACUGUAUUUUGGGAAAUUAUGGAUCGUCACAUCCCCAUGCAUGCAUUACCUGAAGAAAUCCAAAAGAUGUCUCCUGAAGAAAAAGUUUGUAAGUACUGUGGAGUCAGCUAUCUAAUUCUUCAUGAGUUUAAAGCUAUGGAAGAAAAAGUGAAAGCGAUGGAAAAAGAGAUGAAAUUUUAUCAAGGAAGUGUAGACCGUGAAAAGAGACUUCAAGAAAAACUACGGUCUCUUAGCCAAGAUUUUGAACAGUACAAAAUUGAAAAUGAAUCCAAAAGAGAAAGGAUUCAAGAUGUAAACAUGCAGUUAAAAAGUCAACAAAAUGAAUUUCAGAGGGUCCAGAAAGAACUGAGUCAUUUGCGAUAUGAAUUAAAAAUUAAGCAGAGACAAUCACAAGUAUUCAGUCAAAAAUUGGUGGAGUACAAAUAUUUCUGGAAUAAGACUCUUUCACUACUUACUUUUACUAAAAGGGAGCUAACCAGUAUUAAAAAUGAAGUAUGUGAUAAUUUUCAAAAUUGGACUUCACUGAAAGGAGAAGUUUUUCUACAAAUUAAAUCCAUAAGUGAAACAGCCUUGACAGAAAUAGAGAUACUAAAGAAAAGUUUGACAGUGUCCCAGAGAAAUAAGACAUGCCUUGAAGAGGAAAUGAAAAAUCUGAAAUUGUUGUCAGAUGCAGCCAUACUGAGAUCUCAGCAGAUUCAGGCAUCCAAACAACAGGAAGUAAACUUGCAAACCAGAUGCCAUGACUUGCAAAAAGAAGUCGUAGAUUUACAAUGUCAAGCAGAGGCACUUGGGCUAAAACUUCAGAAGGCAGUGACCGAGAUCGACAACUGUAAAGAAAAGCUCAGGAAUAAAUCUAAUGAAGCUGAUGACUGCCAAAGAGAACUUAGAAAACUGAAGUUUGAAUCCGUUAUUUCUGAGUCACGGCAUACCAGAUUGCUUAAAGAGAAAGAGGAUUCUUUAAUGGCUUGUCAACAAAUAUAUAAAACUUUACAGGAAGAACUGACUGCAAAAGAAAGGCAAGAAGAAGACAUAAAAAGAAGAAUUAACCUUGCAGAAAAUGAACUACAGAUAACCAAAACUCUUCUGAGUCAGACAAAGGAAGAGGUUGCAACACUAAAAAGUGAAAGGGAACUAAUGCUGAUUUCACAUCAGAAAAGCAUCGAGCAGCUGCAGGAAACCCUUAGACAGAAGCUGCUGAAUGAUGAUAACUGGAGAGAGAAGAUUGAAGCUGAGCUUUCCAAGGAAAGAGCCCGACAUUUAGUUGAAUUUGAGGAGCAAGCUCUGCUUUUUAAGGAAGAAGCUAAACUGGAACUUGAUAUUGAAAAGGAAAAACACCAAGAAAUAAUCCAAAAGUAUAAGAAAGAACAAGAGGAACUACAAACAAAGAUACCUGACUUAAUCGCAGGCGCUACUAGAGAUCUAAGGCUAGAAGUAGCCACCCUUGAAGAAAAACUCCAUGAAUCUUAUAUCCGAUAUACUGAAGAUUCUGAGUCGAAGGAGAGAGAAAUCGAAAACCUUAAAAAUCUGGUUGCAGACUUUGAAUCCCGUUUGAAGAAGGAAAUUGAUAGUAAUGAUUCUGUGUCAGAGGACUUCAGGAAGGAAAUGAAGCAGAAGUCGGACGAGCUAGAAAGAGUAAUGCUGGCACAAACACAACUGAUACAGCAGUUUAACCAGUCCCAGGAACAGAACACUUUUCUUCAGGAAACAGUGCGUAGGGAAUGUGAAGAACGCUUUGAACUGACAGAGGCUUUGAGUCAAGCCAGAGAACAGCUUCUGGAGCUCAGGAAGCUCAGUGGAAGUUCACCUUUGUCAUCGUGCUCCCCUAACCAGGGCAGCCUAACCUCCUCUGCUGCAGUGGUCAGUAAUCAGGGAGACAGAAGCCAUACAAGACUGAACUCUGGAAAAGGAAUCAAAAUCCCCAGCCUGCAUGGAGUAUCAAAACCCACCGCUCCCCCAACCUCAGCUCAGUCCAAGAGGGUCAGCAGCUCAGGUUUGCCCACUCUCCCCCAACCCCAUCCUCCCAGAGGUCGAACAUCUUCAGUAAAUGACACCAGACAAAGACUGGCUGCCAUUCUGCGGAGGAGACUGAGUCAACAGUGAGUGAUCCACACGGCACGCCUGGCCUUUCCAGUGUGCCAGGGAUACACUGUAACUGAGGAUGGCAAAGGUCAAGUUAUUAUCACAGAUCAAGAAUGCAUGUUUGUAGAUAUUUUUAAUAGGAUAAUUGGAAAAACUAGGAAUUGUGAAGCCACACUCUCUAAGAGACCUUUGAAAUUGCAACAGAUGAUGAAGUUGUCGGUAAUCCCAGAGGGCCACCCUCUAUAUUUCUAUAUCAUAUGUUUAGAUGUGUUCUAUGAAUAUGUCCUUUUAGAGAUCAUAGGUAAAUGUCUUCACUCAUAGCAUCUUUUCAGAGUUUGUUGUUUGUUGAGCUGAAUAGGUUAAAGAGAUGUAAAUCAUAUUUCAAAUAGAAAACGGAAGUACUUUAGUCCUAAAUUUGAUAAUUUCCAAAAUGUUUAGUUCAAAUAUUCACAGAAUUCAUCAUCUGCAUAGAAACCUCUUCUUUUUCACCUCACAAUCUAAUUGAUUAAUCGAAUUUCUUUUUAGGCCAGAAGUAAUGAUAGGUACCCUUCAAGAAGGCAGGCUUCCUUGUGAGGCUGGGAACUUCUAGAAAAAGGGACAACAACUCCAAUACAAGGAAAAGGUGGUUUACCUUUCAAACUAUUGAGAUUAUUUUUAAAAACAGAGAGCCUGGAUAACCAUGAAAAUUUACUUGGUAAAGAUUUUCUACAUUGAAUGCUUUUUGAUAAUCGCAGUUAGAUUUUUAUUUGAAUUUGUAUCCUACAGCCAUUGGGAAAAGAACUAAUUCAGGACAGUUCUGUAGAGGUGCAUAGUGCUAAUUGGGGGUUCACAUUUUACUACUGAAAAUGGGCAACUGGUUAAUAUAUUUUCAAUUUUCAGAGUGAAAAAUUAAAACCAGAAACCAAACAGCUAUUUUAAGUUAUAAAGCUUCAAGUCCCUCCUAUUUCUUAAAACACAACUCUUUACCUUAAGCUAAUGUUUGUCUAUCUUUUUCCUCUUCAAGCUGAAAUGUAAUUUUUUUUCAAGACUGACUGACUGUAUCAGGGAUAUCGAGGCUUCUUACUUCCAGAUAAGCAUAGAGUAACACGUGAAAUAAUGGCAUGUAAAACUCUCCUCUGGCUAUCAUAUUGAUGAGAGAAUCCAAAGGUACUUGGAAUCCCUCCCAUCUGAAAAAAAAAAAAAAAAAGGUUAAGCUACUAAGUAAAUUCAAGUUUAUCUCUAUCUUUCAAAGGAUUAGUCUAAUCUACCAGGAGUGUUUUAGCCUCAAAAAAAAGAAAAAAAAAAUUCCACAUUAGGUCUGCUGAUUCUCUGACUAGUUUGAGUAUAUCUUAUGUUAAGGCUCAGAGUGCUGAGUUUUCGCUUUACAGAGAUCAGUAUCCCUUAUGAUGGCAUUUGACAAGAGAACAAAACAUCGUUGAAUGUUGACCCCCAAACGUCUCUUUACAAAUAAAGCAUAAAUGCCCGAAGAGGUCUGACUUGGCUACAGCAGUACAGCUGAUUAGAGACAGAGCUAAAACCAGACCACUGUUAACUGACCCCAACUUUCCACCUUGCUUUUCCACUCAUCAGAGAUUCCCCAGCCCCCAUCAUGACUUUUCUCAGAAGCCCUACAUAGUAUUUACCUAAUAUUUUCUUUAAAUGCACUCACUUUUUAAAGUUAUUAAAAAGAAAACUUGACCCAAAGGAAGAAAAACUGUAUUGAAUUUGAUUUUCUAGGUAUAUUUUUUCUAAUACUUUGAAAUAAAUGUGUAUCUACUAAAAUAUGAAACGUUAAUUGGCAUACCCCCUAAAAUCAUCCUGUAUAAUGACAGUAAUACUCAUGCCAUACUCAGGGAAGUAUCGUACCAGACCUCGAUGUUCCUGAUCUGGUAUUUGCAUGUUUAUUACAAAUACUAGUGACAUAAGGUAGAUGACAAAAGCUGAUGAAAACUUUAGUAAAAGCAUACAAGAAUAUCAGAUGGUACACGUAUCUCCACAGUCUCACAAUUUCAGCAAUCUCUUCAGGAACCAUGAGGAUACAUUUUUCCUAAAUUAUGAAUAGAUUUAAAUUUGUAAAGAAAGUCACACACAAGCUUUUCUAAAGUGAUGUAAAGACUAUCAGUGCAAAACCCGGUUUCUUGAUUUGUUGUUACACCCUUGCUUAUGUAAUGAGUAAUUAUGCAAAUAACCUCUCUGAGCGUAGAAUCGGGAUGUGCGGUAAGGCUGUGUUAUAUUCCACAAGUACAUUAGAGAGAUAAACAGAGAGACAAUAUUUACGUUUGUUUCAAACUAGACCACUUGAAUGGUGCCAUCUAAGCUAUGUGCUGGUGUCUUUUAAAGAAAGACACUUAAAAGAGAAUCACAUUAGUGUAUGUAACCUGGGGAUUUAAGAGCACGAACUAAAAAAAAAAAAAAAAAAAAAAA